AUGACUAGCAAGGCGGAUAAAAGGUUAGCUGAGAAUCUACUGAUUCGAAAGCGAGUUUGUUCACUUCGAGAUGUUAUAGAACAGUUCAAGGAAGAUUACAACCAUGAAAGUGAUUCUAACCAAACAAAUGUAAGAUUAGAGACUCUUGAUAGGCUCAAUAGAGAGUUUCUUGAAGCACAGGCUGAGAUAGAAAUGCUCGAUAAACCCGAUGCGUUUGAGCAACAUUUACAAUUGCGAGCUGAUUUCGAAAAUCGAUUUUGUGUGCUAAAGGGUUUCUUGCUGUCAAAGAUGGACAAUCAGCAGCAAAUACUAAAUUCAACUCUAGCUAACUUCAGUCACCAACCAUCAUCGGCUAGUUUUCAUCAUCGGCUACCAAAGAUUGAUUUGCCAAAGUUCAACGGAGAUGAGUCACGCUGGAUUUCCUUUCGAGAUAAUUUUCUAUCUAUGAUCCACUUCAAUGAUGAUAUUCCUUCAGUAAACAAGCUACAAUAUUUGCUGCAGGCACUUGAGGGAGAUGCCAAGAAGCCGUUUGAGACCACCGAUGUGCAGGCAGAUAAUUAUGCGUCUACAUGGGAUGCUCUGAUGAAGCGAUUUGACAAUAAGCGGUUCCUGAAAAAGGAGUUAUUUAGGGGAUUAUAUGAGUUACCAGCAGUGAAGCGCGAGUCCGCCCAGGAUCUGAAUACGUUGGUUGAUGACUUUCAACGCCAUGUGAAGGCUUUGGGGAAACUAGGAGAACCGGUUAAAACCUGGAACACACCGUUAGUCUACAUUCUUACCAGCAAACUGGAUGUGGUAACAAUUCGAGCCUGGGAGCAAGAAACUCGCCAGAAGGAUGAUGUCACGUACGAAGAGCUCGUUGAAUUCCUAAUACAGCAUGUGCGCAUGCUCAAGUCCGUGUCUAGUGAUUUGCAACACCGUUCACAACCAGCUACUAUUAAGGUGGCCGGAUUCAUUCCAAAGAAAUCCAAUAGUGGCAAAUUCGUGGCCAAUGCUGCUACAUCCGAGCCUAAGUUUGUCAGCGAAGCUUGUGUUGGAGCUGCUUCCGUACGAACCAUCAAGCGAGAGACUGUAAGUCCAGGUUUAAAUGUAGAACAUGCCAUGCAAAGCACCACACGUUAUUGCACGACCAAAGUGCACCCAAUAAAGCAUCCCCCACUCCUGUUGUCAGAUCAGAUAACGUUUGUAUACAACAAACCCCAUCCACGUCAGCGAAUGUAG